AAACCCCUUAUAAAUAUUCACCCUCUCUCGCUUCUUUCCUUCUCUCCUCACACACUCACUCAUUCAACUCUCACUAAACUCACCCACUCAUUCUCAACACCACCAUGUCUUCUUCUACUCCUCCUGUAUCAUCCACAUGUACUGCAACCACCACCGUCACCGUCGCCGCCACCACCACCACCGCUUUGUACUUCAAUACCACUGACAACUGUGAGGUGUCAAAGAAAGAAGGGUCAUCAAGGGGCACUUCUUCCACCACUUCCCCUCUCAUCAAGAAUUCCACCACUCAGAGGAAGUGUGCUUUUGCAAGAAAGUGUGCAAGGCUGGUCAAAGAACAAAGGGCUCGCUUCUACAUCAUGAGACGCUGUGUCAUAAUGCUCAUAUGCUGGCAUGAGUACAGUGAUUCAUGAACACAACAAAAUGUUCCAUCACAAAAAAGAUCCACCAAUUCUCUUCUUCUUUUUCUUCUUUUCUUCCUCCAUCUCUCUUCUCUUUGUAUGAGAUCCUUUUGUUGGACAUGAACUUUUUCUUCGACUCAACUGUACAUAGAAAUUUCACUCUUUCUUUUCUUUUGCUUCUGAGCUAGAAUUGUUGAUCAUGGUUUUUUCUUAGGGGGUUUCAACCUCUAUCAAACGAUGUUCAUCUU